AUCCUAAUACAUGGACUUAGUUGCUUCGACCUGACUGCUCUCAGAAUAACAUGGACGUUAUCUCGUUGGUCCUGGGCAUCCUGAGCUUUGCACAAGCUGCCAGCCAUUCUCUGAAUACACCAAUCCUACCAGUAACUCUAGAGGUAAAAGAUGUUGCACAGUACUUCCGUUUACAGAAAGCAGUGUCAGAUGAUGAUUCUACAAUGCCUCAAGGUUCUUUGGCACAGUCGCACAGUGAAGUGUUUUUUAUUCCACGGUUGGGGACCCGUGAGCCACAUGUAAAAGCAUCACUUCAGCACAUACACAGCCAAGAGAAUAUUCCAUUUAAAAUACUGGGAGCUCGACUGCAAGGGAUUCAAAGUGAGGUUGUUUGUGGAGAGGUAUCUCCCUCUGAUCCUGUGGCACGUGUAUUGUUUCAUCGUUCAGGGAUCGAUAGUCACUCAAGAGUAUCUGAGGAUCAGUGUGUGACAGUGCAAGUGGCACGUGAAUCAAUGAUUGUUCAAGGAUCUUGCAGAUUACAACAUCCUUUUGAUGUGUGUGUUGUGGAGCUUCUUUUUUCACCUUCCUGGUUCACUCUUUCAACACAUGUGAAUAUAACCCUGAAUUACUCUGUCUCUGAAGAUUGCAAGUACUCACACGAGGGAUCAGAGAUUGCAGGGAUUGUACAAAUGAUGGGUUUGAGCUCACCAAAGGUUCAGCAUCUAAAUGUGGGAGACUUUAUGACAAUCACACAUCCUGACAAAACUUUGUUACCUGGAGAGGUGUUCACUGUCUCAGUUAGCCUCGGUCAUAAUUGGACUCAACCUAGCUUCACUUUAAGAGUGCGCUGCCGUAUUGGGCUGGAACUCCUGUUUUCACGCUCUGCUGCUCCAAACAUUUGGGCUAUAAAGACUGAGAUACAGAGAGGUGCCAAACACCAUACCGUAAUAGGACAUUUAACACAAAGAGGAGCUUCAGAUCAUAGGUUCCCCCCAGUUAUUGCUCUUUUGGAUUUCCUCGUGAGUAAUGUCUCUGUAGGGCUUGCUGUGUCACGGAGGAUUACAUUCCAGCUAGAAGUUCCAGGUGGUGGUUUAGCCACCGCAGGUGUCAGAGGCAACGCUGAAGUGCUGGUAUCAGAUCAUGAUCUAAAAGCUAUUAUCCCACUUGUAAAGUCUCGUGAGAUACUGAAUACAGCUCCCCUGACCGGUAUUUCUCAGAAGAUUCCAGUGAGAGUAUUUGCCUUAGAGGCUGGUGGAUUUGUGAUAGAUGUCACCAAAGAGGCAGGAUGUGAGACCCCAAAUGCACAGAUUAUACAGGUUUCAGAAAGCUGUGAUUUCUUAUUUGUUGGUGGAAAGGAGACUCACGGAGCUGUAGGUGUAAAAGUGGAGUUUUGGCUAGAGCGCCUACGUUCUUUUCUUUUACUUUCUCUCUGGGUUCCUCUGCUUCCUCUGAGAGUUGAUGUGUCUGAUACUAAUUUGCAGCGUUUACCACGAUCAAAUAUACUGUCCUCUUCCAUGGAGAGCAGCGGAGGCCAUCGUAGAUCUGCCUCAGAUCACAUGGGUCAUAAUUGCCAUUCUCAGUAUCAACGAGCUCAUGUGCGCUUUCUGGCCUAUUUUGUGGCACAUUCCAUGGAUUGGAGCAGGCAGCUGACCUAUCUGUUGGGUUCUGAGUGGAUGCUUGAUGUAUCUCCUCUGAUUGGAAGUCAGGCAGUUAUCAGAGAUCAGCGUGUUGCACGUUUGGAGGAGAAGGGCAGUGUUCUUAUCGGCCAACAGCCGGGUAUUACGUCUGUUGAGGUGCGCUCUCCACUCUCACAUUCAGUUCUUGGAGAGCAAACAAUCUUAGUUUCUGCAGAAACGGUUUCCAUCUUAGAACUGCAUUCAAGCUUGAUGUGGAAUAUAUCUCUCUCUGUCACCCCAUCUGUUAUCAAACAUUCUGGUGUUUUUACAAUUUCAUACAAGUCUCAAGAAGCUAGAAUGAUUCCUAAACAGGAGGCUGUUCUAUGUGUUUGGCUAUUUUUCAGUGAUAUGUCUCUCGUUCCAAUAACCAUCUAUAAUCCUCAAGAAUUGGUUUUAACCAUUGUGUCCUCUGAUGCCUCCAUCCUGUCAGUUGGUCGUGCUAUGAUAUCAACAAGCUAUUGGUCUAUGCCAGUAUUAAUUUUUGAAAAUCCAGGUGAAGAACCUCUGGUGCGCAUGUCUCUUUUCCUGCCAGAGAGAUGUAGAAAAAAGGAAACCAUCGGUUUACUCAGUGAUGGGUAUAUUAGAGUUACGUUCCCAAGAAAUGGAACAAUAGGAGAUGAACAUCUUGGCAGAGACAUAAUACAGGGAGACACCGUCCUACUGACCAGGGACAGCAACAUUAUCUCAAGUGCUAACAAUGUUAUUCCAGGAACCAGUGACAUAAUCCUUAGGGGUGAUCAUACUAAUAUAGAAGAUAAUAAAUCUCAUUUUGAUGGUAUUGUUACAACACGGUGGGGAAGACCAGGCUUACAAGAAGGACUUUAUGGACUCCUUGCAAUAUUCUCUCUUCUUACCCUUCUGUUCUUUUUUAGUUGCCUGAUCUUUAUACGACAGCACAAGAAAAAAUCAGCACAUGAGGACCCUGCCAAUCCUGAGGCUCCAAACUGGGUAUGGUUAGAAGGGUCAGAUGCAGAUGGAUCAAAAUCACAAUCAGGAGGGGGUGAGGAAGAGGAGGGAAGUGGGCAGUGGGAUGCCAGGAACUUGGGUUCUCAAAGGCUGACAAGUACUUUCCAUCCAGUAAGACAUUUCCACAAGGAUGAGACUAAUUGUGAAUGUUACUCUGCUACCAACUCUUUCUCAAGAUCUACCAACCAUUCUAAAGCUUAUUUAGAAGCAAAAAGAUCUGAAGUUAGGUCAAUUAAAACAGCAAAUUCAAAUGGAGAAAGAAGAAUUGAAGGGGUACCUAAUGAUCCUAAUGUGCAGUCUAUUUUGGUGGCAAAUGAGGAGGACAUUGUUUGGGUAUGUAAGGAUAUGGGUAUGAGAGAGCCUCAAGAAAUCCUGAGCUACAUGAAAAGAAUCAGAUCUGAAACACCUCAUCGUGAUGAUAUUAGUAGAGAAGGACUAAGUGUUAGGGAAAUGGAUAUACUGGGAGCUAGAGUUAAGUGAAUCACUAAAAGCCACAAAAAUAAAUGA